CAAUGCUUUGUGACUAAUAGACAGCAACCAAAAUUGGAUAAAAUCUAUUCAAAGACUAUAUGGUGGAUGGAAGCUUUGAUAUUAAUUCAUGUAUGAUUUUAUUAAACCUAUUAAGUAUAGAAGAUGUUAGAAGAUUGCUAUGCAAAAUUAGAUUUACCUAUGCCUUCUCUUACCGAAUAGGAUUUAUUAUAAUAUGCAUAGAUUUGGGAUUUAAAUUAAGAUAAUAAUAUAACAGAAGAUGAUGUUGAAAAUAAUGCCAAACAAUUAUUAUCAUAAGAUUAAGAAGAUACUAAUAAAGCUUAAGAACUACUUGGUUAUCCUCCAAUUUAAGUUUCAUACGAAAGUUAUGUAGUUGAAAAUGUUGAAUUUAAAGAAGAAAGUGCUAUUAUUUUUUCAAAGGAUAUUAAAUAAGAAACUGGAAAUUAUUCCUUGAAAGCAGCUCCUGAAUCAAACAGCCAAAAAUAUUCUUCAGUUAAACAAACAACCUCGACUAUUUCAAAUUAAAAACUAUAACCUUUAAGCCAAUAAUCAAACACCUUUGUUUAUCCCUUGGAAACGGAUAAAACUAAAUAUUAAUAAUAUAAUACAAGAACCUAAAAAAAGCUUGAAUUAGCAGAAAGAAUAUUUAAUAAAUUCUAAAAAAAUGGUUUCAUAACAUAAAAUGAGGUAAAUUUAUUGAUAAAACGAUAGGCAUUUGCAUUACUUAAGGAAACUUACUAAUAAUUGAAAAUGCCAUAUUAGAUAACAGAAUAAGAUGCUAAGUCUUGGAUGCUAAUGGCUGAUAAAGAUAAGGAUGGGAAAGUAAGACUCUAAGAUUUUCAUUAAGUUCUUCUAGAUAGUUUGGUUUAAGCAGGAAUUAAUAUUAAUUGAAA